GAGCCGUUCUAUCAAGCCAGUAAAGUACGGAGUAUCUCAUAACAAGUAUAUUGAGGUUUAAAGCAGCAUCAAUUGUAACUUUCCUCCUGCCACUUUUGCAACAUCCACAUAUCACGCCUUCGGCUCUUUUUCCCGCCACUUUACCACCAGCUUUUUUUCUCUAUCCUGAAUUAGAUGUAUCAAAUACUGCCCAGGUGUUGUCAACUUGUUGAGAAGAAGGUCUCGACGCCAAGGACCUGAGAACAGCCACAACAACAUGAUAGUAUGAUCAUACUCUAUCUAUUCUUCAACGAUGCCGACAGGCUACAUUAAAUUGACGGCGAUAUUACCUAUUCAUCAACCUGUCUCUGCAAGGAUGGGGAUGCCAUCCGGUUUCCCCAUUAGUAAUGUAACACAGCGUGCACCCAUUUGGGCAAUUCGAUGUCCUUGGUCUUGUCAUCUUCCAAGACUCAAGAGCAAGGUUUUCAUGGUCAACAACAAGAGCAAGCAUGUUGGACGCAGGGUUCCUUCCGAUGUGAAAGGGAACUCCCUUCUUCUCUGCUUCUCUCGUGAGAAGUUACGCUUGGUCACAAUGAAUCGAGCAAUUGAAGAGGCUCAAGCUGCCAUGCCAGUGUAUGCAUAG